GCUUUUGGGCACCACUAACCCCGCAGACUUUGACCUCUCGCCCAGAAUGAUCCGGUUCAAAAAAUCCGUGGUGUACGCCGUCCAAGUGGGUUAUUCGUUCAUGUUGAUGUUGGUGUUCAUGACGUAUAAUGGAUGGUUUAUGCUUGCGACAAUCGUGGGAGCGGGACUUGGAAACUUCAUCUGGGGUGGCAAGGAGGUGGAGGCCCGCAGUAUGGCCUGUCAUUAGGUUUUUGAGGUGAAGAGACAGUGGCCAGAAGUCAGUGUUGGCCAUACGCUCGUCGCGGUAUAACCCGCAGUAUAAUUCAACUACAUUGCAUUUAGCAAUAAUCAAAGUUUUAUAG